CGCGUCUCGUUCCAUGCCACCCCCAGGCAGCCAGCACUUAAGCCACGUCCGCCGCCGCCAUUCCUCUCUCUCCCACAUCAUCAUCACGAUGCUUAGAGCCCCCCGCCACACACCACGUCUUGCUGGGCUACUCCGUGCCCGGCGAUACCACGAUGACGCGAGUUUCGGGUACCGCGUGCCCAGCAAGUAUACGCUGCCUGACUACACGGCCGAAGAGCUGGCGAACCGUAACGAGAACGCCGCGCUGCUGCGCUACGUUGAGAUGAUGCGCCGCCAUGGACACCGCGCAGCCAAGGUCGACCCGCUGGACCUGAUGGAGCGGGACCCCGUCUCCGCCCUCGACCCCUAUCGGUAUGGACUGUCAGACGACAAGAAGUACCCCCUCAAGGGCAUCAUGCACCUGCCGCAAAGUGGGGACGUGCCUCGCUCAGAGACGGGCGAGGGGACGGACGCGUCGCGCACGCUACAGGAGAUCACGGAGCAUCUCAUGGGCGUGUAUGUCGACAGGAUCGGGUACGAGUUCCAGCAGUGCCCCAGCAAGGACGAGCGACUGUGGUUCCAGCACCACGUCGAGACGCAUUCGAGCACCGGUGACAUGAGCGACAAGCGCCGCAAGCGCGUGUGGGAGCUGCUUAGCCGUAGCGAGGAGUUUGACCGGUUCCUCGGGAAGAAGUUUCCCAAUCUGAAGCGAUAUGGAUGCGAGGGCGCAGAGAGCAUGCUUCCUGCUCUUGACACGCUGUUCGAGCUUGGCGCUAAGGCGAACCUCCAGAGCAUUGUAGUGUCGCUUCCCCAUCGUGGCCGCCUCAACCUCCUCACAGAGCCUGAACUCUUCGGAUACUCCCCCACCGGCCUGUUCGCCAAGAUCAAGGGGCAGCCAGAGUUCGACCCCAGCACGGCGCCUGGUGCGACCGGCGACGUGAUCUCGCACCUUGGCGGGAUCCGUGAGCUCGACUACGAUGGGAGCAAGGUCAAGAUUGAGAUGCUCCAGAACCCGAGUCAUCUUGAGGCUGUCAAUCCAGUCGCUCUCGGAAUCACCCGUGCAAAGCAGAUGAAGCUCCUCAAGGAGUCCCCUGCCGACUGCCAGCUCGGCGACCGUGUCCUUUGCGUCCAGCUGCACGGCGACGCGGCCUUCAGCGGGCAAGGCGUUGUCGCUGAGUCGCUGGGCCUUUCCGGCCUCCCGCACUAUGGUAGCGGCGGCACGAUUCACAUGAUCGUCAACAACAAUAUCGGGUACACUACACCGGCGACGUUCUCCCGCUCGGCAAUGUACGCGUCCGACGUGGGCAAAAUGAUCGGCUGCCCGAUCCUGCACGUCAACGGCGACUACCCCGAGGACGUGGUGCGCGCGGUCGACGUAGCAUUCCAGUACCGCAACAUGUUCCGCAAGGACAUCAUCAUUGACCUUAUCUGCUAUCGGCGCUGGGGACACAACGAGCUCGAUGAGCCGGGGUACACGCAGCCCCUGAUGUACGAGAAGAUCCGCGCGCGCAAGAGCGUGCCGGAGCUGUUCGAGGAGCGUCUUAAGGCUGCCAACGUGCUUUCGGAGGGCGAUGCGAGAGCCGGCCGCGCAGCAUACAAUGAGAGCCUUGACAAGGCGCUUGAGCAAGUGCCCGGGUACAAGGCGCACAGCGAAAUGCUCGGCGGCAAGUGGAAAGGCAUGGUGUGGCCAGCGAGCGCCGAAGCCAAGCCGGACCCAGAGACGGGGCUGCCAGCUGACCGCUUGGUGGCUAUUGGGAAGAAGAGCGUCGAGCUGCCUGAGACCUUUAACGUUCAUUCGCGCCUCAGGCGUCACAUCUCUUCUCGCCUCAAGGGACUCGAGUCCAAGGUGGACUUUGCGACGGCUGAGGCGAUGGCCUUUGGCUCACUGAUGGAGGAGGGCAAUGACGUUCGAAUCUCGGGACAGGACGUGGGGCGCGGUACGUUCUCGCAACGCCAUGCCAUGUUCGUCGACCAAAAGGACGAGAGCUGCUUUGUGCCGCUCAAUGACUCGCUGCAGGCACCCGGCAAGCUCGAGUUGUGUAACUCGUCGCUCUCCGAGAUGGCUGUUCUCGGCUUCGAAAUCGGCAUGAGUUGGGCAAACCCGCGCCUUUUGCCGAUCUGGGAGGCGCAGUUUGGUGACUUCCACAACGGGGCCCAGAGCAUGAUCGACACGUUCCUAGUUGGCGCCCAGGCCAAGUGGCUCAAGCAGACAGGCCUCGUCAUGCAGCUGCCGCACGGAUAUGACGGCGCGGGUCCGGAACACUCGAGCUGCAAGAUUGAGCGGUUCCUCCAGUUGUGCGAUGACGCUACGCCCCGGCACGACGCCAACCUGCAGGUCGCGAACCCGUCGACCCCGGCGCAGCUGUACCAUCUGCUCCGGCGCCAGCUGCUGCGUAACUACCGUAAGCCGCUGAUCAUUGCGUCGCCCAAGGGCCUACUCCGUGCGCCGAUCGCGGCCUCGCCCCUCUCCGACAUGGCCGAGGGAACGCGUUUCCGCCCCGUCAUCCCCGCGACCGAAGUCGAGCACGCAUCCCGGGUCGUUCUCUGUUCGGGCAAGCACUACUACACGCUGCUAGAGGCGGCGCGAGCGCAGGGCGUCGACGACGUGGCCCUAGUGCGCGUUGAGGAGCUGUCGCCCUUCCCCGCCGCUGAGGUCGCUGAUGCGCUCGCACCUUUCCCCCCGUCUACGCAGGUAGUGUGGGCGCAGGAGGAGCCCGCCAACCAGGGCGCAUGGACCUUCGUAGCGCCCCGCCUGAACCGCAUCCUUGAGGACCGGGGCAGCGCGCCCGCAGCGUACGCGGGCCGCCGGGCGUCGGCAACAACAGCCACAGGCGUGGGUGCGUGGCACAAGGCCGAGGUGGACGAAAUUAUCGCCGCUGCGCUCGAGGGGUAGAGUAGGGGUAGGAGAGGAUAAUGGGUAGAUCGUAGAAAGCAUGGUAGCAGGGACGGCGUGACAUAGGCUGGGCCGCAGUCAGCACGCACUGCCUGCAGUGCUGCGCGUGAGUGCGUCGAGUGAGUAUUGCGUUCGGGUUAUCGGAGAUUGCCGCUGCGUGCCUCAAUGUCGCACCUUGAAUUGUUUUCGAUAUGCCCUCGCAGAUCCGUGGCAGUGCGCUUGCAGGUAGCAACAUAGGAGUGAGUAAGCACUGCUGCGCAUUGCAUACGGCCUCGGCGGAGGUACCGGCUGCAGGGGACAAGCUGCAGGCUACAAUCUGCACAACGCAACUUCGCACAAUGCCACCAUGCGCCGGGAGUUCGGUCAGAUGCCGCGGCUCGCCUGGCCACUGGCCUGGCGUCUGGAGUAGUAGU